AUGGCCGACUUAUCAGAAGAAGAGCGAAAAGCUUACGAGGAACAAUAUACACAAGGACUGCGAAAAAUGAGAGAUUUUCGAAUCUACACAAAAGACUUUGUGGAAGAAGUCGAAUUCAUAAGCAACGUCUGGCCAGAGAAAGUGGUGUUGCUUGAGCACAAAAUACCCGAACACUGCAAGCGGCUUGACGGAAUGAAGACCCUGUUCGAUCAACGCAUGUGGGACGGUGCAGAAGAGCGAAAAGACGACAUCGGCCGGAAAGUGCGAGAUAUGCGGACGCUUAUGCAAGAACUGGAGAACACUCUGAAGAUUCAUUUUCGAACAGCUUAUGACCGCUACUAUUUCACAUUGAUGAACACCUCAUUUUAG